UCUCCAACCAAAGCCACCUCCAACCUCACCGGCCCCGACAAAGGCAACCCGACCACCGACGCCAACCGACCGGACGUGACCCAGUGUGACCAGGGCAAAGCCGACACGCCCUCCGUCCCCGUGUCUUCUCCCCCGAACUCUGACCCUCCGCCGCCGUACCAGGUCGCCAGUCUAGCCUCGGGCAAGGUCACGCAAUGUGCGAAGUGGACGGACGCAGAACCCGAGCGUGAUACGUGGGGCAAGAAAGUGGAAUUCCUCCUCGCGGUGGUCGGCUUUGCGGUGGAUCUCGGAAACGUGUGGAGGUUCCCUUACAUUUGCUACCAGAAUGGCGGAGGAGCGUUCCUCGUCCCCUACUGCAUCAUGCUCGUCUUCGGCGGCCUACCCCUGUUCUUCAUGGAGCUCGCCCUCGGUCAGUACCAUCGCAACGGCUGCCUUACCGUGUGGAGGAGAAUCUGCCCCAUGCUCAAAGAGCCUUGUAAACUUUUCGGACACAAAGUUAGCGAGUCUGAUCCCCGGUAUUCUCAGGCUAAUUUCCACCCAGCGGUCUCUGUAGGGACACGAGCCCGGAGAUUUUGUGAGAUUGUGACCCUUAUUCAACUCUGUCAUAAGGACUAUCUUACCCCGUCGCGUCGCCGUGUAGCAUGCAAAUUUAGUCUUUAUUCGAUCCCUUACGUAGUCCCCGAUAUGGGCGUCUGGGUCACGUCUGCCUCUUGCCAACCUACAUCUCUUGCUCUUAUGUAA